AUGACUUCAGUUAUAGAUUACUGUGGUUGUGAGUCAGAGUAUGAAGUUCAUCGUUGGAAACCUGCAGUGCACUGGAAUGAACCCUGUCCCGUAUGUACGAGUACGACAGAAAAUGCGCUGGAGGUUAAGGAACAACUUAGCCCCAACAUCAAACCACCAGCAGCGCUUGGUGUUGGAGAACAUACCAUUAACUAUAAAUUCACAUAUAAACUGUCAUCAGGAGGGUUAAGAGAAACCAACUGUUCUGCGAAAAUCCGAGUAAAUGCAGGUAUGUAUAUACCUGACCAACCUUUUAUAUUAUACUGGAUAACAAUAUUUAGGUAGGGGUAUUGCUUACUUCCUUUUUUCUUCGCCCAUUUUUUCUAACCCAUUUAUUCAAAAAUCCUCAAAACCUUCAAUAAAAUAAAGCGACUGCCACGCAGGCUAGUUAAUAAUCUAUUAAUUAAUCUUACAAUUCUAGUGGACCAUUCUAAACGAAGUAAAUUUGUAAACCAUUGUUCCGAAGACAGACUGACCUCUGUCCUAGAUCCAUAUUUAAUAAAGGCUGUUGCGUUUAUUACUCGAAGGAUUAUGAUUUUUUCAAAGAACAAGUAUUUCCUUCAAAUAACGAACGAUGGAUUUGUAAACGGGACACAAGACAAGAAACUCUCAACCGGUAAGUCAAAUGUAGCUUUGUUUUUUUAUCAAACUUUGGAGGAAACUGCCGAUCUUUUUAAAUGUUGUUCGAGAUGAAGGCUUCCUUGACCUUGAAGGGCUUCACGGCACAUAUUGUUCGUUCAUUUUGUUUUGGAAAACAUAAAUGGUUUACUUCGCGUGACUCGCUAUAUCGGAUUAAAGAGCUCCUGGAUUAUGAUAACGAUUCUUAGUAUUUAUUUAUGAUAUUUACUUCACCAUAGGUGUAAACGAUUGCUUGAAUUAAGUCGAAGAACAUCGCUUCUGUUUCUUUCUUACUUUUCUUUCCCAUUUGCGACAAAUGGCGCAGAAAUCUCGACGUGUCAAUGGCACUACAAAUGUCUACAGAAAGUGAAUAGGUCGGAAGAGGCAAUUGAAAAGCUGUAA